CGCUUUUAGAAGGGUUUGUUCAAGGGGUCGGCUUCACGAUUGCUGGUUGAUUGGGCGUGGCUUAGGUGUUAGGUUGGGGUUUGCUCGCUGAUCGGACGUAUUUUACGUGUUUGGUUUUGUGGUUAAUUUCUGCACCUUUCUUCUUAGUUUUUAGUUAAACAAUCGAUCUCUUACAAUCGAAUAUGUGUAGAAUAAAAUUGAUCACACAGGUUGUGCCAUAAACAAUAUUUGAAUACAAUUGACGGGCACGGCCUUGCUCAUGUUUGUUAUUAAAAUAUGCACCUGACCCGGUUUUACUCCAAAAUAUGUUUGUCAGAUCAUGUUUUCUAUUGAAUAACUUCAUGGAUCGGUGCGUAUUGUGCUUCUCUCUAGGAUAUAGGCGUAGCACAAAGUAAUACUACAUAUUAGACAUCUAACCUCAAAUCUGAGCAAUUAAAUCCAGUUCAUUGGUGGGUUAAAACUUAAAACUCAUAAUUUCUACUCCCUCCUUCCCUAAAUAUUUGUCUUUCUAGAGAUUUCAAAUGAACUAGCGCAUACAGAUGUAUAUAGACAUAUUUUAGAGUGUAGAUUCACUCAUUUUGCUCCGUAUGUAGUCACUUGUUGAAAUCUCUAGAAAGACAAAUAUUUAGGAACAGAGGGAGUAUGUCAGUACUGGUAUCAAAUAUUGUUUAUGGCAAUCUUGAUUAUGGGGUUAAGUGUAUCAUCGAUGCAUGUAAUCACCAGUCAGCUGACCAGUCCUUUGUCCAUCACAUGUCAUGGUAGUCUUGCCCUUCACUUUAUGGCUCUUUGAAUAAAGUUGUCUAGUUUGUUCUAGUUACUUUCUGAUUGAGUAUUCCCAUGCACCAAUCCUUCUGUAUAUUUUGUAACUUCAUGACUUAUUACGAGUUCAAUAUGGGUUGUUCUUUGAUGAUCUGAAUUUUGUUUACAUUUCAUCUUCUUUCAUAACGUGUAGUGAGAGAUUGCUAAUAUUUCAUCCAUUAGGAGACCAAUCUUAUCUAUGAUAGUUUUCGGUCUCUUGUAUAGGCUGCCGUCAGCUCGUCACAUAAGCUAAAUUGGUUCACAUAGACUCUUAUGGUUAAUAAUGUUUUGACUCUCGUAUAGGCUAUUGCCACAUAAGUUAAAUUGGUACAUUUUCUCUCUGUACAUUUGUGUAAAUUGUGUUCUCGUUAUGGCCCUUACCUAAUUGGUAGAAGAGAAGAAAUUAUGAUCAGUCUUUGUACAUCUAUAAUCUAGAACCAUAAGACUUGCACUAUGAUUGAGUAGUUUAUUCUCUUACUUAAUUGGUAUGGAAGAGAAGAAAUUAUGAUUAAUGCAACCAUUCAGUUUGAAAUCAGCACCUCAGUUGUGCUCCGGACAUCACAAUUCCUCUAGCAUAUCGUACUGCUGCGAACGUAACUGAAACUAAUUAUGAUCUAUCUUCUUAUGUUACUUAUCAGAUGAGCAUGACUGUCUGUACCAUAUAUUACCAUCACCAUAUGCUUUCUGAGUAUUGAUCCUUUCGAUAAUCCUUUGACUUUUGUAGUAUAAGGACUAGUGAGUUCCUCAACCAUUUUUUGGACCUGAUCUCCUAUAGUUAGCUAUGCAUCAAGGUCAAAUAUGGUGACACGCUUAAGAGGUUCAAUGGUUAUGUCAACGGAACGCACUUCACUUUGAAUCUGUCUGCUCUCCGUUCCAAAAUUGCAAGUGCUUUUAAGUUUGCCCCUGAUGCUGACUUCAUUCUCACUUACACUGAUGAGGAUGGGGAUGUUGUUAUGCUGGAUGAUGACGAGGACUUGCAUGAUGCAGCUAUCCAUCAGAAAUUGAACCCUCUAAGGAUUAAUGUUCAGUUAAAGAAUAGCCACGCUGGGGCAUCUCACAUUAACCGGCAGGAUUCAAGCCCUAAACCUCUUGAGGCCACCACUCAGGAUCCGAUAGCUCAGAUCAAAUCUGUUAUUGAUGAAGCUUUAAAGCCCAUAUCAGAACCUUUGAGAUCCACUGCAAGGGAAGAUCCACUAGCUCACUUAAAAUCAGCUCUUGAUGAAGCUAUGAAGUCUAUCCAUGAGCCAGUUCCUGAAUCCCUUGCAAAACUGUCACGUGAAGUACUUGAUGCAGCACCACCACAAUUAACUGAUCUGAUAAAACCUUUCGUGAACUUGAUCACAUCAACCAACAGUAGCCAAUCUGCUGGGCAUGCUGAGAGUUCACCUGGCUCCUCCAGGGGUGUGCAGCAAGCACGGGUUGAUCUCAAAGCUGAUGGUCAGCCUAAAGUUGAGGCAAGUUUGGGUUCACGACCUUUGAAUGAACGAAACCCUGUAUCAUCUGAGACAGGAGGUCUUAAGAGUGUGUUGGUUGAAGUUCCCGCUGCAGUCAUCACUGAAGCCUCUCAAGGCCACCAAGGAUCGUUAUAUCCUUCUGUUGAGGAUUUGCUGUACACCUCCAAUUCCGGUGGUAACAGUUCUGGUUGCAAGGAUAUGACUGAUGCUCAAAGUAAGGGGAAGUCUGUCAUGCCCUCUGCUGAACCACUCGCUCGUAACACUGUUCCCAGUUUUCGUCCAAGUCAUCCAAAUGCAUCUGGAAAUGAAUGGUUCCAGACACGAAGAUCGGUGGAUGGAUGGUCCCAGCCGAGAUCCAUUUGGCAACCUGAAACUAAUGUCAAACCAGCUAGUGAUCCUGGAUGGCGUGUUCCAAUGUAUAAAGCGCCUCACCCAUCCCCACCAGUUCCCCAUGCACCCUUGGGCUAUGGACAUUCUCCACAAUUUCCUUACCCUGGCCGUCUGCUAUCUGCUGGGCGUCUGUAUGGGAACCUUGGUAAUAACAGUGAGAGGUCACCACGAAUUUCACAUAGGUGGAUUCGGUGUGAUGGUUGUGGAGUUCAACCAAUUGUUGGGCCACGCUACAAGUCUAAUGUGAAAGAAGAUUAUGAUCUGUGUGAUACCUGCUUCUGUCGUAUGGGCAGUGAGGUUGAGUACACAAGAAUAGACAAGCCGAUCCUGCCACACAAGUUACCUCGGGACCCUAAUUUGUGCCGGAAAAUCCAUUCACGUGCUCCGAUGAAGUCAAAGCGUGAGAAGCUCGAAAGCCGCUUCAUUUUGGAUGUAACAGUGCUGGAUGGCACACUUAUGUCACCUUCAAGCCCGUUCACUAAGAUUUGGUGCAUGCACAACAAUGGGUCUAUCAUGUGGCCCUUGGGCACACAGCUAAUUUGGGUGGGUGGAGAUCAAUUUGCACUGCAGACCUCUGUCCCACUAGAGAUUCCAUUGAAUGGAUUUCCGGUGGAUCAAGAGAUGGAUGUUGCUGUUGAUUUUGUGGCACCUGCAAGGCCUGGGAGGUAUAUAUCUUACUGGAGACUGGCAUCACCUUCUGGUCAAAAAUUUGGUCAGCGAGUUUGGGUUCAUAUCCAGGUGGAAGAUCCAUCUUUUGUCAGUGACAACAAGACUGCUGCUGUUAACUUGAAUCAGCCUCAGGAAAGCAACAUCACAAACACAAGUAGUCUGCCUCAGGAAAGCAACAUGACAAACACAAGUAAUUUGAUUGAUGUCAACAUGGAGCCUGCUAACCAAGUCCUAGAUGAACAUGUCAACGGCACUAGAAUGGAACUGCUGGAGCCUUCGAUAUACCGUGAAGCUGCUGAGCCCAAGAAAUCCCCCUCAGCAUUUUCAGCAGCUCCUCCAUACCCCAUGGUCGAUGUUCCGUCAUCCAGUGAAAAUGCAGCUGCUUUUGUGCCAAGUGUUACUGUACUUGCACCUGAAGUCAUUCCGAGACCUGCUGUGACUACACCUGCUGAUGUGCCCACAAGUUCGCUUACUAGUAUCCCUGUGGAUCUACCUGUAGCUGCAACCACACCUGUGGAUGUAGCAUCUGCGCCGCUUGACAUCGACAGUCUUACAGAAGAGAAACUGCUGCAGGAGCUGGAGGAAAUGGGCUUUAAGCAGGUUGAUCUGAACAAGGAGAUACUGAGGCAGAAUAAAUACAACCUGGAGCAGUCCGUGGAUGAUCUGUGUGGUGUCAAUGAAUGGGACCCUCUGCUGGCGGAACUGAAUGAAAUGGGAUUUGAUGACAGGGAGACGAACAAGGAGCUGCUUGCCAAGAAUGGAGGAAGCAUCAAACGAGCUGUGAUGGACCUCAUCGCCAGGGAGAAGAAGGACAAGUGAAGAUCGUGUGCUCUCGAGCACCUAGUUAUCUAUAUCUCGUUAUCUAUGCGUAAAUAAUGAGACGAGUGGUACUGCUGUUGUGCUGCUCCACUGUGUCUCGUGGUUUGCUUAUGAACUGCUGUGAAGCGUGUUGUUGGUGUGACUUUGUGUGCGGUGUGAACUCUAUUAUGUUGUGACCGUGGUGGGUCAGCUGCGUGUGGUUGCUGUAAUGGCCUUAGUUGCUUUGUUCCUACUAUCGUGACUGGAAGACCUUCUAUGUGGAUUUCACCUAUAUUAUGUGGGUUUCACCUCAAA